CUCUGCUUUUUCUAAAGGAACACAACAAAAAAAAAAAGAAGUAUCAACCCCAGAUUUAUGAAACUGGCUAUUUCCUUUUGAAUGGUAUCAAAGUUUCAAGUCCAAUGUUAACCCCAGAAAGACUAGUCAAACUAGCAUACAAUUAUCCUCAACUUCAUAACACUUGGUAUUUGGUGGCUUGUGCGUGUUUAACGGUGAUCAAUCAACCCCAAGAGAUUCCCAAGAUUUUCCAUUUUGCGUUACGACAACAAUUAUUGGAAUUUUCAAAUGAUAAAGGUCUUUUAACGGAUAAGUUCUUAUUGAAAUUGGCUCAAGAUUCGAUAUCUUCUCUGGAUAAGUUUCAAGAUUUAGCUUCAGUAGGAGUUGGUUUGCCGGAUAUAUUGAUUCCUUUUACUUAUUAUGAUAAAUUACCAUUAAAGUUCAAAUAUGCAAAGACUGAUGAUAUUCAUGCAACUCAAUCUGUCAUUGCUGCUAAGUUCAGAGAAGUGAUUUUGAAAUCAACUGCAUUGGCAGGAUUACCAAAGGCCAUUAAUGCUCUUAUGAUCUUAAAAAGUGUUACUCCAACCAGUAUUAGACCAGGUACUUUACCGGAAAGAAAACCAAUUGUUCAUCCUGGUCGUUUAUUAUCAUCUUAUAUUGUAGGCGAAGAUGCAGAAGGAACUAAAUUUGAAAGUAGUUCAAGAAGUCCUCAAACUUCAGACACUAUAGAUGGACCAAUAUCUGUCAAUUCUUUCGAUGUGAAACAAUUGAAGGAAGAUUUAACCCGAGGUUCGGAAUUCUGGAAUGAUAUUUAUACUAAUAAAAUCAAUACUAGAAUCAAAAGACAAAUGAUGAAUGCGUAUCCUGACUUAUGGUAUCAUACUUAUCAUCAUGUCUAUGGUCCAUUAUUAAGUUUCACCGAUAUCUUGUCUGCCAGAGAGACUUCAAUGUGUGUCGUUUCAAGUUUGAUUCCUCAAGAUGUUAAUCCUCAAUUAAAAGGACAUUUGAAAGGUGCUCAUAAUUUAGGAGUUACCAAAGAAGAAUUAACUGAUUUAAGAUCAUUAGUAUUUGAUAUUUGUGAUUGGAGUGGUAAUAUUCAUUGGAAAGGGGGUAAAGAUAGCGUUGCUAAAUUAUAAGACAGAAAUUUCUACAGUUCCUAAAUUUGACUUUUUAACUUAUAAAUAUAUAUAUAUAUUCUGAAAUCAAUUAGUUAAUUUUUUUUUUCUAUAGCAUAUAAUAUAAAGAUGAUAACUAAAAAAUUAUGAUAAAAUGAACAUUGUAAAGAAAGAAUUGAAAUAAAAUGACUUUGGGUUGAAGAAGAUUUUGGGAUGAUUUUUAUGGGAUUGAUUGGAGUAUGAACACAGCAUCACCCAUUUCACAAUUGGAUUCUAUCUUGUCUUCUAAUCAAGUAUACUUGUAAACCACAGAAUACGAAGAAAGCCAAGUAAACAAACACAGCUCCAAACACAGUCUUAGCC